UUCUUUAAUCUUUUUUCUCUCUCUUCCCCGCACUCUCUCUCCCUCGGAUGAUUUCUUCCCUUCUCUCUCUCCAGCGGAACCUCCAGCUCACCCCCCUGUAUCUCUCUUCGACCACCACUCUCUCUCUCACCUAGGGCACGAUUACACUCUCUAUCUGGGGAAGGCGACAACUCUCAAUCGUUCUCGAUCAAUCUCACAGAUCUCUUUCAAUCGCGCGGUCUUCUAAUUUUUGGUUGGGGCCUGAGUAAUGGACAACAUUGUAGACGCAUUAAACAAUGCAUAUCAGGAGUUUGUUGCCGCUGCAGCUGGUGUUCUUGAAGCCAAGGAGAGUUCUGGGGGUCAGAAAACAGCAGCUACAGAUGCUGCUCUUGAGAACUUCAAGCAACGGUGGGAACUCUUCCGAGUUUCUUGUGAUCAAGCAGAGGAGUUCGUGGAAUCUGUGAAGCAGAGGAUAGGAUCGGAAUGCCUAGUGGAUGAGGCAACUGGCUCAGUGGCUGGGAAACCAGGGCAGGCUGUCUCCACUGGUCUUCCGCCAAUUAGUGCAGUUCGGUUGGAACAGAUGAGUAAAGCUGUCAGAUUGUUAGUGAUUGAACUGCAACAGGGUUCUGGAGCUGCGGGUGGAUCAUCACAAUCCCACCCGCAGGCUCCAUUUGAUGCUAGAUUCUCUGAAGAUGCGGUUCAAUAGGUGCAGACCGGUUUGGUACGUGGAAAAGCACAUGAUUUAUUUUUGGCAUGACUCAUGAGUGAUCAUGUAGCAAGAAUGGCCAUGUAAUAGAGAUGAAAUUUUAUUAGUCGAUAUUGAUUUAUUGUAGGUUUAAUUAUAAUGAAUUAUAUUUUAGUUGGUAAUAUUUUUUGGCAUGACUAAUGAGUUUUGAAUGUUAAA